AUGAUUGUGAUGCAGCGCCGCAAGGUGCGGCAGUUCUUCGUCCUGGGAGGCGAUGGCACGCACAAGGGCGCCAUGCAAUCCUUCAAAGCCAUGGAGGAGAUCAGCCACGAGUGUGCCGUGGUGGGUGUGCCCAAGACCAUUGACAAUGACAUCACCCUGGUGGACCGCACCUUUGGCUUCGACACGGCCUGUACCGAGGCGCGGAAGGCCAUCGACUCGGCCUAUGUGGAGGCCACUACCAACGCCAACUGCGUGGGCUUGGUGAAGCUCAUGGGCCGGCACUGCGGGUGGAUCGCGGCCACAGCCACCAUUGCCGCGCGCAACGCUGACAUUUGCCUGAUCCCGGAGAUGAACAUCAACUUGCCCAAGGUGAUGGACUACAUUGUGGAGGUGAUGAGGAAGAAGAAGUAUGCCGUCAUUGUGGUCGCAGAGGGCUGCGGGGACACCAUGAUCACCAGCGGGGGUGGCACCGACGCGGGUGGCAACAAGGUCCUGGCGGACGUCGGCCCAUUUUUGAAGGAUGCCAUCACGAAGCACAUGAAAAGCCUGGACAUCCCCAUCACCAUCAAGUACAUCGACCCCACGUACAUGAUCCGUGCCGUGCCGGCCAACGCCUUCGACUCCAUCUACUGCUCCGUGUUGGCGCAGAUGGCGGUGCACUCGGCCCUGGCCGGGUAUACAGGCAUCAGCGUGGGCAAGGUGGAUGAGCGAUACGUGAUGCUCCCGAUCCACUCCAUCGUGGAUAAGGGCGCACGCAAGGUCGACUUGAAGAGCCGGGUCUUCGAGCGGCUCUUGGCCACUACUGGCCAGCCUUCUUUUGCUUGA